UAGGCUACAGAAGCACAUGGUGUGAUGAGUUGGGUGGUGGUGUGUUCAUCCGCGACCCUUUGCGCCGUCAAGGGACACUGCUCAAUUGGCUGCUAUACCUCACAAUCCAAUUGAAUAAGUGGAUGAAUAUAAAACUCUAUCUGGUCACAUACACCAGUGUUCCCUGUUGAACAUAAAUCUACUAUACGAAACAAUGAUCCCCGUCACUGACGCCAUCCAAAUAGUCCUUAACGCAUCUAAACGUCUUCCUCCACUCACUGUGCCUCUUCACGAUGCCCUAGGCAAGGUCCUCGCGCAAGACGUUCGCGCUCCCGAUCCUCACCCGCCCUACGCCGCCUCCGUCAAGGACGGUUACGCGGUCAUCGCCGCCGAUGGCCCCGGCGAGUAUCCGGUCGUUGCCGAAUCCAGAGCUGGAGACGACGCUCUUGGCGUCACUCUCUCCCCUGGAACUGUCGCUUACGUUACUACCGGAGGACCGAUACCUGAAGGUGCUGAUGCGGUUGUUCAGGUUGAGAAUACGGAACUUGUGAACGAUGCCUCAGAUGGGACUAAGCGGGUCAGGAUAUUGGUACAAACCACCAAAGGCAAUGAUAUACGCCCUGUGGGAGUUGAUAUUGAGAAAGAUGCAAUAGUUUUGACAUCUGGAGAAAGGCUUGGUGCUUCGGAAAUUGGCUUGCUUGCUACGGUUGGUGUCACAAUGGUUAAGGUUUAUCCUGCUCCAACAGUUGCUGUUCUUUCUACUGGAGAUGAGCUUGUAGAGCCAACUACUGGGCAUCUGAGUCGUGGUCAGAUUAGGGACUCUAAUCGUGCCAUGCUCCUGGCAGCUGCAGUACAAUUCCAGUGCAAAGUUUUGGACCUUGGAAUUGCUAAGGAUGACGAAGAAUGUCUAGGAAGGAUCUUGGAUAAUGCUUUUACUUCUGGAAUUAAUAUUCUUAUAACUUCAGGAGGUGUUUCAAUGGGAGACAAAGAUUUUAUCAAGCCUUUGCUUGAAAAGCGAGGAAAAAUACAUUUUGACAAGGUGUUUAUUAAACCAGGCAAGCCAUUUACAUUUGCAGAGAUUGACUUUCAAUCAUCAGAAAGAAAAAUUCUAGCUUUUGGGCUACCCGGAAAUCCUGCCAGUUCUUUAGUUUGCUUCCAUCUCUUCGUGGUCCCUGCAAUACGCCUCCUUGCAGGGUGGACAGAUCCUCAUCAUUUGAGGGUACACGCUCGACUUCAUCAGCCCAUAAAGACAGAUUCAUUUAGACCUGAAUAUCAUCGCGCUUCUGUUGUAUGGACUGACAAUGAUGGAACAGGAAAUCCAGGUUUUGUUGCUGUGAGCACUGGUCAUCAGGUAAGCAGUCGGCUACUAAGUAUGAAGUCAGCUAAUGCUUUGUUGGAGUUUCCAGCAACAGGAAGAGUAGUUCCUGCAGGGACCGCUGUUUCAGCUAUCAUAAUUUCUGACCUAAGAAACAUGGCUUUUGAUGAGAAUCAUAUGUCAUCAGGUGCAGCAUUUGCUUUGCCAGGAAUUAAAUCACAAAAAGUAACUACUGAUUCUUCAGGGGAUGCUGAUGUCAGAGUGGCUAUUCUUACAGUUAGUGAUACAGUGGCUAUGGGGGGUGGUCCAGAUAGAAGUGGUCCCAGGGCAGUUUCUGUUAUUAAUUCUUCAUCAGAAAAGCUAGGAGGAGCAAGAGUUGUAGCAACUGCUGUCGUUCCAGAUAAUGUGGCAAAGAUUCAGGACAUUCUAAGAAGAUGGAGUGAUAUUGAACAGAUGGAUCUUAUAAUUACUCUUGGGGGGACUGGCUUUACUCCACGGGAUUUAACGCCAGAAGCUACAAAACCAUUGAUUGAGAAAGAAACACCUGGUCUUCUGUAUGUAAUGAUGCAAGAGAGUUUAAAGGUGACCCCGUUUGCAAUGCUUUCUCGCUCCGCAGCUGGAAUCAGAGGAUCAACCUUGAUCAUUAACAUGCCUGGAAACCCUAAUGCUGUUGCCGAGUGUAUGGGAGCUUUAUUGCCAGCGCUUAAGCAUGGUCUCAAGCAGAUCAGGGGAGACAAGAAAGAAAAGCAUCCUCGUCACGUUCCACAUGUCGAUGCAGUUCCUGCAGAUGUUUGGGAACAGAGUUAUAGGCUAGCCACUGCCGAUGACGUCUCUUGUUCCUGUUGCAACUAAAGUCAGUUAUAUUUUCUUCUCUGUUUCAACGUUGUGCCCCGAAUGUAUUUUUUUUCAACGGAGAAGAUGGUUCAGUUAGCAAUCAAUGUUUGAAAAUACUAUUUUAUUAGAAAACUAAAAUUUUGAUGGGUGACAAUCCAAAUUAACUC